GGACAGCAUUCUUUCGAGGAUUUGCUGGAGAACGUUUUGCAGUGCGUAAUUCUGGUGCUACUUCUGGCAUCGAAGGUGUUAGUGAUCAUGGUUGUGAAUACAUGACUAGUGGACGUGUUAUUAUUCUUUGUGGAAGUGGGAAGAACUUUGCUGCUGCGUUGAGCGGUGUAUUGUCAGAGAAACUUGAAAAGAUUAGAAUUAUGCCACGUACAAGCUCUAAUUCAAAUAAUCGACGUAGACCAAACAAUGAGCAAUCCCCAGGGCCACCCCGACGACAACUUCGAAUUAUAACUUCUCCAACACCUCCACCAGUAGAAUCAUUACAACAACCUAUACAAAAUGUAACAAAUGCAACAAUAAACACAAAUCCGGAUUCCCAGGUUCCGGCAAGUGAACAGAUGUGGUCUUUGUAUCCAGCACAACAAAAUCAAGUUGAUGGAAUGACUUCAACAAAUGCGGCACCAAUGCCAAUGCCUGUAGCCGCAGCUCCAGCUCAGAUUGUUGUAGUUGAAGAAGCGGAUCGAAUGCCUCAGGAAAUAGCUGCGCAGAUUCUUGCAAAACGGCAGAAUCGAUUUACUGGGCAUCAACCUGAAGGAGCCAGAUUCAUAACGUUAGAUGAAACUACUGGCUGUACUGCAACAGAUAUGUUCAUGUUACCGUGGGAGAAAGAUCAAGUGUUUAGCGAGCUAAUCGGCGAUGUGGUCUACAGUCACCGCGGUCCCACCGCAAAAAAUGGGUGGGACCGCGGUGACUGUCAUGUCCAAAUAGGCCAGGCUGGUGAAAUAGAGAAGAUAUGUGUUUUUGCCUGGAAACAAAAUGCGAGCCGAUUAGAAGGAGCAAAAAUAAAUCAAGUAAAUUUUUUAAAUUUAAAAAAAAAUUUGAUUUAUUAA